AUGACCGAGUACGGCACCAGCAAGCACCGCUACGCCGACCUCGAGAGCAACUCGCGCCUGCCGUUCUACCACGUGCACAACCCCAACUUCCGCGCCUACCUGGCCGAGUUCGUUGGCACCUUCAUCCUCGUGCUCAUCGGCGAUGGCUCCGUGGCCCAGUACGUUCUGGGCGGGGGCGGUGCCGGCCACUACCUGUCGGUGAACCUGUGCUGGGGCAUCGCGCUGCUCUUCGGCAUUCACUUCUCCGGCGGUGUGAGCGGUGGCCACCUCAACCCGGCCGUGACCCUCACGCUGGCCCUGUUCAAGCGUUUCGAGUGGCACAAGGUGCCCGGCUACUUCGUGGCCCAGACCGCCGGCGCCUUUGCCGCCGCCAUCCUCGUCUUCAUCGUGUACUACCCGUGGUUCGACAUCCACGACCCGGAGCGCGUGACCACGCAGGGCAUCUUCGCUACCUACCCGAACGAGAAGAUCCCCAACUGGUCAGCUCUGGCUAACGAGAUCAUCGGCACGGCCCUGCUGGUCAGCGGCAUCUUCGCGGUCGGCGACCAGCUCAACAAGCCGGCCAGCCCCUACAGCUUCCCGGGUGCCGUGGCCCUGAUGCUCACGUGCAUUGGCAUGGCCUUCGGCCUCGACACGGGCUACGCGCUCAACCCGGCCCGCGACUUCGGCCCUCGCCUCUUUACCUUCUUCGCUGGCUGGGGCUGGCAGGUGUGGACGCUGCGCGGAUGCUACUUCUGGAUCCCCAUUGUUGGCCCGUUCGUCGGCGGCAUCCUUGGUGCUGCCACCUACGUGGGCCUCAUCGAGGCGCACCACCCGCCGCAGUAA